AUGUCUCUCAGGGUUAUGCUCGCAGCCUGCCUGGUGGUGGUGGCCCUCGCUGAACACCCCUCCCAGUACCCGCCUCCUCCCCCUGCCUACGGCCACCCCGCCCCGCCCAAGCAUCCUGAAUCUCCUCCCAAGUACACGUACAACUAUGGAGUGGCCGACGACUACUCCGGCACUAACUUCGGCCACUCCGAGAGCCGCGAUGGCUACAAGACCGAGGGCAGCUACACCGUGAACCUCCCCGACGGCCGCAAGCAGAUCGUCACCUACGUGGACAACGGCGACGGUCUGGAGGCACAAGUGACAUACGAGGGUGAGGCACAGUACCCUGAUCACCCCCAGCCAGCCUACCCCGCCCCACACCCAGCUGAGCCCACGCACCCUGAAGCAUAAACACGCUCGACGUUGCUCCGCCCCUCCCUGCUCUACGUAGGAAGGCCAGACAGAAGCACCGACUGUCCUCGCAGAUCCUUCCCUCUCAGCACCAGAUUCCCGUCAGCUCACGUAACGCAUCUUGUUCCCUCUAGCAAUGUUUAACAGUGCACUUGUAACCCAUUUAUUUAUUGUCCAUGGAAAGCAAUAAACAAAGUCUUUUA